UGUAGCUUUGUAAGAAGAAAGGGGGGAUUUUGUAGGUUCCGGAUCCGCUUUAGAAUUAUUGGUUUUUUGUGCGAGCGAGUUGAAAGAAGCGUGUCUUUGUUUGUCCUGAGUGAUUAAUAAUUAUUUUUUCAUCGACAUAUUAAGUCAAUUAGUAUAAUUGUGUUUUAAGUUGAAGUUAACCAAAUCUUUUUGAAAAUGGCAGAAAACGAGAAUGAGUUAUUGGAUUAUGAAGAAGAAGAGGAACAAACCAGUGGAGUUGUGGUGGACAACAAUAACUUACAGACCAGUAACAAUGCUGUGGAGCCAAAGAAAGGUGGUUACGUAUCCAUCCAUUCAUCUGGAUUCCGCGAUUUCCUACUCAAACCUGAGCUCCUUCGAGCUAUCAUCGAUUGUGGGUUUGAACAUCCAAGUGAAGUACAACAUGAAUGUAUACCCCAAGCAAUCCUCGGAAUGGAUAUCCUGUGUCAAGCAAAGUCUGGUAUGGGUAAAACCGCUGUCUUCGUACUGGCUACCUUACAACAAUUAGAUCCUGUAGAUGGACAGGUUUCAGUUUUGGUCAUGUGUCACACUCGUGAAUUGGCCUUCCAGAUCUCCAAGGAAUACGAGCGGUUUUCCAAGUACAUGCCAAACAUCAAGGUGUCGGUUUUCUUUGGUGGGAUGAAUAUUUCCAGUGACGAGAAGACGCUUAAAAACAACACACCCCACAUCGUUGUCGGAACUCCCGGGCGUAUUUUAGCUUUGGUUAGAUCUAAGAAAUUGAAUCUCAAGCAUCUCAAACAUUUCAUUUUAGAUGAAUGUGAUAAAAUGCUUGAACAGCUGGACAUGAGGAAAGAUGUUCAAGAAAUAUUCAAAGCUACACCUCACGAAAAACAAGUCAUGAUGUUCAGUGCAACACUGUCCAAAGAAAUUAGACCAGUUUGCAAAAAAUUCAUGCAAGAGCCUCUCGAAGUAUACGUCGAUGAUGAAGCUAAACUCACAUUGCAUGGUUUACAACAAUACUACGUCAAACUUAAGGAUACCGAGAAAAACAGAAAGCUGUUUGAACUUUUGGAUGUUCUCGAAUUCAAUCAAGUAGUUAUUUUUGUGAAGAGUGUCCAGAGAUGUAUUGCUUUGGCGCAAUUAUCAGUUGAACAAAAUUUUCCAGCCAUUGCUAUCCACAGAGCUAUGACUCAAGAAGAGAGAUUAUCACGUUAUCAACAGUUUAAAGAUUUUCAUAAGCGUAUCUUGGUCGCGACUAACCUUUUUGGUCGAGGUAUGGAUAUUGAGAGAGUCAAUAUUGUCUUCAACUAUGACAUGCCCGAAGACAGUGAUACCUACCUCCAUCGAGUAGCUCGUGCUGGUAGAUUUGGAACCAAAGGUCUCGCUAUUACUUUUGUUAGCGAUGAGACUGAUGCCAAAGUAUUAAACGAAGUUCAAGAUCGUUUCGAUGUGAACAUACCUGAAUUACCGGAAGAAAUUGAUAUUUCAAGUUACAUUGAAGGACGAUAAAUUCAAAAUAUGGACCUCAAUUUAUCACUAGCCAUCAGGAAAAGAAAAUCAACAAUGGAAUUCUCCGCGAAAUUUUCAGCAUUGUAUUUUCCGUCAUAAAACAUCAUCACCAAAUGAUUCAUCUAAUAAUUUAGUCCAUAUGUUUCAAACCAGCAACACCAACUCUCUUGCUUAAACAACCUUUCACCAUUUUUUUCAUAAACUAAGAUCUAUUUAUCCUCACUUGAAAUCAAACCAAUAAACGAAAGAUCAUUAGAAUUUCCAUUUUAAA